AAAUCUUUUAUCUUUCUAGUAAAACGCAAAACAGAAGACGUACAAUGGAAAUACACAGCAAAAAAUACGGUCUUUUUCUUGGAUUAUCCCUCAUUUUCACAUUUGCAGCUGGUUUUGCAAUUGCAGAAAUCCAUCACCAUGAGUUUGUCAUUGAACCAAAGGCAGUGAGUAGACUCUGUCGAACUCAACAAAUUAUGACGGUAAACGGUCAAUUUCCUGGACCGACCCUUGAGGUGCACAAUGGAGACACACUGGUCAUCAAUGUCAAAAAUGCUGGCAAAUAUGAUAUCUCUCUUCACUGGCAUGGAGUCCGCCAAUUGAGAAACCCAUGGGCAGAUGGACCCGAGUAUGUGACACAGUGCCCGAUUAAACCAGGAGGAAGUUACACGUACCGGUUCACCAUCGAGAACCAAGAGGGGACUUUAUGGUGGCACGCUCACAGCAAAUGGUUGAGAGCCACUGUAUACGGGGCUCUAAUCAUAUAUCCCAAGCUGGGAUAUUCAUAUCCUUUCCCAAAACCCACACGAGAAUUUCCACUUAUUCUAGGGGAAUGGUGGAACAGAGACCCAAUGCAAGUCCUACGACAGUCUAUGAUAACAGGAGCUGCACCAAAUGUUUCUGACGCAUAUACAAUCAAUGGUCAACCUGGUGACUUAUAUGGAUGCUCCAACAAAGAUACAACAAUAUUUCCAGUUGAAGCUGGUGAAACAAUUCUUCUCCGAAUCAUCAAUGCUGCACUCAAUCAAGAACUCUUCUUUGCAAUUGCCAACCAUCAAAUGACUGUUGUUGAGGCUGAUGCGGCGUACACCAAGCCCUUCACUACCAAUGUUGUUAUGAUUGGACCAGGUCAAACAACUAAUGUCCUAGUCACUGCUAAUCAACCACCAGGCCGAUACUAUAUUGCAGCUACAGCGUAUGCUAGUGCUCCUGGGGUUGCCUUCGACAACACUACCACUACUGCAGUCCUUGAAUACAAGUCUGCUGCUUGCAAAACCAAAAACGGAAGUCCAAUAAAACCAAUUCUUCCACAAUUACCAUUCUGGAAUGACACAAACACCGCGAAUGCAUUCACUGCGCAAUUUAGAGGCAUUUCGGAAGGAAAAGUGCCACUUGAGAUUCAUGAAAACCUAUUUUUCACAGUCAGCCUUGGGCUAAUCAAUUGUUCGCGUCCAAGUUUCCGUUGUCAAGGCCCCAAUAAUACGAGGUUCACUGCUAGUAUGAACAAUGUAUCUUUUGUGUUGCCAAGAAGAAAUUCUAUAUUACAGGCUCUAUAUCAAAAUACACCAGGUGUCUUCACCACUGACUUCCCUCCAGUGCCCCCCGUCCAAUUCGAUUACACUGGUCAAGUAAGCCGAGCAAUGUGGACACCUUCACGUGGGACUAAACUAUACAAGUUGAAGUUUGGAUCUCAUGUACAAAUAGUUUUACAGAACACUAACAUCUCAUCAAUUGAAGAUCAUCCCAUGCAUCUCCAUGGAUACCAGUUCUUUGUUGUUGGCAGCGGAAAAGGUAACUUUAAUCCACAAAGAGACCCUGCUAAUUUUAAUUUGGUUGACCCACCGGUUAGGAAUACCGUUGGAACAACACCUGGAGGAUGGGUUGCCAUCAGAUUUGUGGCUGAUAACCCAGGGGUUUGGCUCAUGCAUUGUCAUCUAGAUGUCCAUAUUGGCUGGGGUUUGGCUAUGGCCUUCUUGGUCGAGAACGGCUUUGGUGAACUAAAUUCCAUUCAGGUUCCUCCACCUGGGCUUCCUCAAUGUUGAGCCCAAUUAAAGCAUUGAACUCAAGUCAGAUCUGCCUUAUUGGAAGUGAAUAUUGGUUUUCUUAUUUCAUAAUCCGAAGAGAUAUCCUUCAUCCGAAUUAGUUUUUUUCUGUAGUCAUUCACUUUUUCUAGGCUGUAAAAACGAGGUUAAAGGCUAGCUCCAUUGAGCAGAUGAACUUGUUGGUGUGCCGUGUGAGUUUUAUUUUAAUGUAAAGUGUAAACAAAUCUGUUCAUAUUAAAAAAAUUAUGAGGCAAGAAGUCUUGCCUACGAUUACUGAAUUA